UCCAGUUGUGUUAAUUAAGAAUUUAUCCGAUGUGUUAGUGAAUGGACUUAUGGGAGAAGUUUAUGAUAUCUGUGAUGACGGGAAGAUUCUGGUGGAGUUCCCAAAAAUGAAUGAGAAAAUUUAUGUUGACAGGGUCAAAUUUGAAGUUUUUGAUCCCCGGAAGAACAAAGUUGUUGCUACCCGAGAGCAGUUGCCCCUAAAGCCAGCAUAUGCUUUGACAAUACAUAAAAGUCAAGGAAUGACCCUUGAAAGAGUGGAAGUCGACUGCAGGGAUAUUUUCAAACAGGGACAGCUUGGUGUAGCCAUUGGUAGAGCUCGUUCCUUAGAUGGACUUAGAGUUAUAAAUUUCAACAAGAAUGCCUGUAUCAAACAGCCAGAGAAAAUCCAGAGGUUUCUCACUUUAGAAGAUUCUAUUGAGACAAAGGAUGAUAGAAGCUGUUGUAACAAUUAUGCCAGGGGACAUUGCAGUAGACAGGGAAUAGUAACAGUUGAUGAUCUUCAGGAACUUGAAUACUUGUUUGAUGCAGAUGAUGAUCUUUCGCCAAAUGCAGAAGAUCUUGAAGAUGACUUUAAUGAAGUAAUUGCAAAUUUAGAUAAUGGGGACUAUCAACAAAGAAAACUUCCUGAAGACCUAGAUUUAAAUGCUAUCAUUGACAGAUUAACAGUGAAAAAAGUAUUGACUCCAAUGCAGUUUGAAACAAACCAAAUUUUAUCAUCAAUGGAUAAAUCAAAAUUGGAGUAUUUUGCCAGAAAUGAGUUCUAUAAGGUUAGUUCUAUAAUGGAUGAGUGCAAUUCAACCAAAACAGGUCAAAUUGUUUCAAAAGAUCUUGGUUCCUUUUAUUCAAAAAUUCACCAACAUGCAAACAGUUUAGAGUUUAGAAUGAACUGCUUAAAAUUGUUUCAAAAUGAACAAAGUUAUACUGUCAGUCACCAGCAUAUUUGUUUCAACAUUUCUGUGGAGCUCAGAAAAUACAUUUUAAGUAAACAAGCCGAAAAAGUGACACCAUCAUCUAGGCAAAUAUCAAAAAGGACCAUAACCCAAGCUUCUCGUGCUCGAGUGAGGUAUGUUGGGGGAUAUUGCAUAGCAAAAGUUCGACACAAGUUUAAAGGAUGUUCUCGACAGUUUCAAGGUGAGAAAAAGAUGGCUCAUAGAAAACAGGUCAGAGUGUCUACUAAAGUUAUAUCUACAGUGAACAGUAAAGGAAAGAGCACUGCUCUGAAGCGAUCUAAAAAACAACAGGAACAACCGCCAUCAUUUCAACAAGAGUUACCCACUUCAUCUGAAACAGUAGCAGUUGCAUCUGCUGCUAGUACUUCAGUAAUUCCUCAAGAUAUAGUUACAGAGCCUGACCCAUUAUCUGAUAAUGAAGAUAAUGUAAAGUGCAAAAUCUGUGAUAGCCAUGAUCAGGGAAUAGAAUGGAUUCAGUGUGAUAGCUGUGAUUCAUGGCUACAUCGAAACUGUGCUGGACUAAAACACCACAUGAAGUGGAAGAAAUAUCAGCGGAAAGGUGCAAGCUUCUACUGUUCAGAGUGUGCAUAA